AUGGGCCCGAGGCGGCGGAGAUGGCGGCGGAGGGCGGUGAAGGCGGUGCUGGUGGCGCUGGGGCUGGCGGUGCUGGCGCUGCUGGGCAGCGGGGAAGGCGAGGAGCUGCUGGCGGAAGCCCUGGCGGCGGGUCGAAUUGGGGGUCCCGGGGGUGAAAUUGGGGGUCCCGAGGUUGGAAUUGGGGGUCCCGGGGUUGGAAUUUCGGCUCUUGGGGGUGAAAUUUCGACUCCCGAGGGUGGAACUGGGGGUCCCGCUUCCCCCAACGGGGGUCCCCACACCCUCCCCGACUGUUCCGGCCUCCUGUCAGGCGGCUCCGGCCUCCUCCCGGAGUCUCCCUCGGAAUCCCCCCGAACCCCCAAACUUCUCCUGUCUCCCCCUCCUUGCUCACCCCCCUCCCCUUUCCUCCUCAUCCUCAUCCCCAGCUCCCCCUCGCACCCGGAGCGUCGCCUCGCCGUGCGCAACACCUGGGGCGGCAACACCUGGCCGGACACCGACACCCCCCCGAGCCGCACCGUGUUCGUUCUGGGUGUUUCCACCUCCCCACGAGAACAACGGGAGGUGCUGGAGGAAUGGCGACAACACCGUGACAUCCUCCAGGGCGAUUUCCUCGACACCUACGCCAACCUCACCUGGAAAACGCUGUUGUUGCUCCGAUGGAGCCGUUCCUGUUGCGGGGGAACCCCGUUCCUGCUCAAAGCCGACGACGACGUCUUCGUCAACGUGCCGGCUGUCGCGGCGUACCUGACGGAGCGAACGGCGCGACCCUCCCGACUGUACCUGGGUCGCGUCCACUGGCGGGUGACGCCGAACCGAGACCCCCGCAGCCGUCACCACGUCCCGGCGCGGUUGUACCCCGGCUCCCGGUUCCCGCCGUACUGCAGCGGCACGGCGUACGUGCUGUCGCGUCAGGCGGCGCUGGCGGCGUUGGCGGAGGCGCCGGGGGUACCGCCGGAGCUGCCGGAGGACGUGUGGGUCGGGCUGUGCGCCGGGAGGGCGGGGGUGGCGGUGAGACACUCGGCGAGGUUCGGGGGUUCGUGGCGGUUUCCCGCCGAGGGGUGUUGCGUGGGGCGGGUGUUGUUCAGCGCGCACGGGGUGCGGCCGUGGGAGAUGAGGAGGGUGUGGGCGGAGCGGCCGGGGGGUUGUGGGGUGUUGCGGGGGGCCCUGGGGGUGACGGGGUGUCGACUGAUGGCUCUGGGGGCGUGGCUGUGGGGAGAGGGGCGGGGCGAGGGGGAGUGA